CUUCGUCAUGGCCUGCUGAAAACUGCAGAUUGCGAACAUAAAGUUUGCGCGUGUGCCAGAUUCUGAACGAGAUCAUAAACAAGAGCAACCUCGUGCCCUUUCGACUUCGCCCAACCUUUCAGAAGGAGUUUGCGCUACGCCUGCUAGCCGUAGUUCUAGCGCUCACAAACCAGUUCCGACCCCGCCCUCAUCCUUUCCACCUCCCAAUAGAACAAACCGCGUUCAUAUAAUACAAUCAUGGCUGUCCGCGCACAAUUCGAGAACUCAAACGAAAUCGGCGUUUUCGCCACUCUCACAAACAGCUAUGCCCUUGUCGCGCAGGGCGCCUCCACGAACUUCUACUCCAUCUUCGAAUCCGAACUUCAAGACGUCAUACCAAUAGUGCACACCUCAAUUGCCGGCUCGCGAAUCAUCGGCCGUCUCACCGCCGGCAACAAGAAGGGACUCCUUGUUCCCACUACGACUACAGAUCAGGAACUGCAACACCUGCGGAACUCACUUCCAGACGAAGUUAAAAUCCAACGGAUCGAAGAGCGGCUUUCAGCUCUGGGCAACGUGAUUUGCGCAAACGAUCACGUCGCGCUCAUACAUCCGGAUCUUUCCCGAGAGACGGAAGAGAUAAUCGCGGACGUGUUAGGGGUCGAAGUUUUUAGGCAGACCAUCGCGUCAAAUGUCUUGGUCGGAUCAUAUAUGUCGCUGUCUAAUGUAGGAGGCCUCGUACAUCCCAAAACACCCAUAUCAGAUCAGGACGAGCUCUCGAGCCUGUUACAGGUACCGCUCGUCGCUGGCUCGGUCAAUAGAGGUUCGCCCGUUGUCGGCGCUGGUAUGGUUGUAAACGACUGGAUGGCAGUUUGUGGAGCAGACACCACGGCCACGGAGGUUUCUGUCGUUGAGUCGGUAUUCAGGUUAGGAGAGGGCAAUGCACCAGGUGAUAUCGGAGGCAAGAACAAGGAAGCCAUGGUGGAAAGCUUCUACUAGGCGGUGAUAUUCGGUUCUACGACCUGUUGGCUUUUGCUGCUUUUUAUCGUUUGGCUUGAUGCCCAACGGAAAGAUCCGCCAGUGGCUGGUUUACUGCAGUCAAUAUGUGUCUUGAAAAUGGCUUCAUUAAAGCCAUUGAACAUGCUUGGCCUUUCGAUGCACAAGGAGCUUGUAUACUUUCUACAGGCUCGAGCUUCUCAAGCUCAAAGCGUCCUUAGACGCUCUGCAAUAGCACUCGUGCAAGUCCUAACCUUGGACUGACAACCUGCACCUUAUUUCA